AUGUCUGGGCGGUUCUGCCGCUCCACCCUGAUCAUGUGAAGGGCGAGGCCAUGCGAUGACUGUUUUGAGGGCGCCAGUAAAGUUUUAAAGGCUCUAGUGAGUGAAGUUGUGAUCAAAUUACAGGCAGGACUCGGGCCAGGUUUCCUCUCCGAUUGCAUCAAGAAAAUCAUGGAUGAAUUUUCUUUGGAAGAUGCACUGGGUCCUGAUGCUUCAAGUGCAGCCAAAUUGAGUGCAGGUGCCACAAAUCCACAACCAGGGCAGCCAGGACAGCCGGGACCUUGGUCACAGCCGGGACCUUGGUCACAGCCGGGGCAGCCGGGACCUUGGCCACAGCCGGGGCAGCCGGGACCUUGGCCACAGCCGGGGCAGCCGGGACCUUGGCCACAGCCGGGGCAGCCGGGACCUUGGCCGAGUCAGCCGGGGCAGCCAGGGCCAUGGGGACCUUGGCCUGGGCAGCCAGGACAGCUGGGACCUGCUGCUGGGCCAUUGACACUACCUUUUGAAAUUCCAUUUCAAGGAGGUUGGAUUCCAGGGAAGAUGCUGACAGUUGAAGGAACUAUCAAUAUGAAUAUUGACAAGUUUGCCAUUAAUGUCUGUGCCGGCCAGGAUAUUGUUUUCCAUUUUAACGUUCGCUUCAGGGAAGAUGGCCAUCAUCAGGUUAUUGUUCGAAAUAGCAAGAUCAAUAAUGUUUGGGGUAAUGAGGAAAGAGCUAUACCACACUUUCCAUUCAGGAAAGGAGAACGUUUUGAGAUACUGAUUCUUGGUGAACCAGAACAAUACAAGAUGGCUGUGAAUAAACAACAUUUUCUUGAAUACAAACAUCGAUAUAAGAGUUUGAAAGAAGUGACCAAAGUCAGCAUCUUUGGAGAUAUUACUCUCCAUAACACGUUUAUGACGUAAACUUGGGAUACUCUUACUAAAGUGACUGUUAGUAUUUGGAUAUAUGAAAACACGGGCAUUUCUAACUAACUGAUAAACUUUUAUUAUACUACUACAUCUAGUACUACUUUAUUGAUGCUAGAACCACCAGAUCAAUUCCAGAAUUAAUUAAAUUGUAGAAGUACGGAAACAGACCAUUCCAGCCUAUCAGGCAUCUAGUAGUUUUACCAUUUAAUCCAUAUUGCCUUCUCAUUUCUUGCUUACAUGCCUUAUUCUUUUUACCACUUUAAAAGUGCAUUUAGAAUAAUUCAUGGACUUUUCUUAAUGAUUGAGAGUUCACUUCUAAGAGUUCUAUCCUACCUUCUCAUUUUUGUAUGUAAGGUUAUGUGGAAUUAUUACCUAUCAUUAUUUUAACCCCUUAAAAUACAUUCAUAAUAGCAAAAUGCUGCAUGGAGGAAAAUUGACUAAAACUUAAGGAAUCUUGUAUGUAAAUUAUCUGAGCUUUGUAUUUACUUAUAUAUUUAAUAAAAGUGCCCAGAAUAUAUGUAAACACCAAAUGCAUUUUAUUUCAAGAAUUCAAUUGGCUAAAAAUUAAUUUGCCCUGAAUUGGUGAACCUAACCAUCUUCAUCUGCUUUAUCAAUGACUUAUUUCUGUUCAUAAGAUCAGAAGUGGAAAUAUUCACCAAUGAAUGCAAGAUUGUCAAUUUCAGGUGUAAUGUUUGGUGAAAGGAACCAUCCUUACUUGCUGAAAACAAAAUAUAACCUAGUGUAACCUCCAAUUGGUUAUCAUGAUUAUGGUGCUGCACAACAUUAUAUCUUCUGCAUUCAUUGAAAUUAUUGUCACGUGCCAUUGAUCAAAAACUCAAAUGGAUCAGCCACAUAAGUUACAUGAACAGAUCAGAGAUAGGGUAUCGUGUGAGAACUUCAUCUUCUGACAAUCUAAUUUUUUAAAUGUUAAGUAUGAGAAAUACCCAAACAAUAUUUACAUUUUAUUAGCACUGCAUGUACUGCUGCUAGCUACAAAAUGCAUGGAAAUUAUUUGCCUGGGCUACUACAAUAACAUCUCUCAAAGCCAUGAAGGCAUAAGGCACACCAUUCAGGAAAUAGAACACUGUUGGAUUGAACACUGUUGGAUUGAAUCUUGAAACUUACUACUCAAUUAUAGGGGGAUUUAAUCUGAAGGAAUGCAAAAGUUCGAGAAAGGUGAUGCACCAUCAUACUUUCACAGAAUAUUAGUGUUACGUACCCAUGGGUAUCUUGUGCCUGUCACAUGACCAUGAUGUAAUUGAAGCUAUGCUGAGCAUGAUGUAAUGAUCCUGUGAUGGUGGAGUGACGUAAUUUUCCUGCCAGUGAGAGGUCAUGUGAUAGUUUUUUUCAACAGGGGAUAAAAAGGGAACCCCUCCCUGUGAUGCGGGGCAGUUUGUGGUUGAAUUCGUUCAGUGACUCUGUUUUGCUGUGUAUUCGAUGUUAUAACGCAGUUUUGUUUUAAAGUGGAGUUAUUACUUUCUGCCUUAAGUCUCAAAGGUUAUUGCCGGCAGUUUUGCUACAAUACUGCCAGUUCAGUCCAGUCAGAGAGUGAAGAUUUAUCGAAGUUCGGGAAGCUGGAGGAUCGAGGGAAGUUGAUGUCGGCUGUGAAACAGGUUCGACCUUAUUUAAUCUUUGUACAAGGAAUUAGUAACUUGUGUCCAAGAUCGCUCCUGCAUUUGUUACGAAGGUGGAGCAACUCUGAGGGGCCGAAGGGUGCAAAGUCACCCCCUCCUUUUUGAGAAUCGCAAGAUCGCUAGUAUUUUGGGUCUGAGACCCAGGAAAUGAGAGAGAGAGAGAGAGAGAGACGCAGAAUACACAAGGUUUGGAAUAUCUCCUGACAUAAGCGGAACGGAACCACUGACUACUGCUAUUGUCUCUUGGAGAAGGAAUUGUGUAUUGAGUACUGUACUAUUCAUUGAAACCCCUCAGGGGACAACCAAAGUGGGCUGGCUGAGGGAUUGCAUCAUCCCAACCUGAUUGACAUCUGAGACCCCGUGAGUAAGGAUAAAAGAGGGGUCUGGGGAACAACCCCUUUAGAGGCACCAGGAGAAACGCUAGAAAUCCAGUGGCAGCGUUUUAUAGCGAAAGCCAUUGGGAGCUCCUGUGCGUCCUCCCUUGCCUGGGUGGCGGGCUCAUCACGGAAGAAUGGUUUAGCUAAAGGAGAGGUCACACUUGAACGGCCAAGACAACGAGACUCCUGACGGAUCGAAAUCAUAAAGGAAGGUUGGCAAAACCCGUAGUGGUAAAUGUUCCCAUUCUCUUUCUCUCUCUCUCUCUCUCUCUCUCUCUCUCUCUCACAAUUGCAACACAGCAACACUCAAAAGAUGGCAGCCUGUGUGAACUGCAGUGAACUUUAUAUUCCCCUCGGACAAUUCAUUAUCCCCUAGACAACGAUAGAGCUUGUUUCUUAUUGAUUAUUAUUAUACCCGCACUUUUAGGUUUAGUAUUGACGACUUAUAUUAUCUGUAUAUUUGCAUUGAUAUUAUUUUUGUGUAUUUUUACUAAUAAAUACUGUUAAAAAUAGUA